CGGAGUCCUUUCCAUUAAAGUUGCGGAUCUCCGCUCACAUACUCUUUACCAUCACUUCAGAUCAUUAAAUAUCACUGCAUUUGCCAUCAAUUGUGACAAUGGAGUCGUCGGGAAAGAGAAAUAAAGUGGACAACAACACCAUAAACCUGUCAAAACUUAAAUAUACAGACUUGUUCCCAAUCGAUGAGAACGGAUCCAAACCCACCAAAGAAUUUCUGUUACAAGUAAUGGAGAUAUGUUUGGACUUCAUCGACAAAUCAAAUGACAGAACUACUAAAAUAUUGGAGUUUCAUAAACCGGAAGAACUCAAGAAAUUAUUCGACUUUAGUAUACCUGACGAACCCCUAGACAUCCAACAAAUUGUGAAUGACUGCAGAGAUGCUCUCAAAUAUCAAGUGAAAACCGGUGAGUCUUUCCCUGAACCCCAAAGUUAUUAUAAUAUGAGACUAUAA